AUGGGAACUCCACCAACGGAUGAACUCGUGAAGAAGAUCCAACAGUUAGAGGAAGGACAAGAGCACCUGAAGCAAGAAAUGUCAAAGCUCAAGCUCUCCGAUGUGAGACACGGCCAUCGCCAGAGGUCGCACUCCGUCUCUCCGCAGCGUUCCAGAUUGGGCGCUCCGCCGAGGAGGCGGAGCGAUGCACCAGCGGCUGCGUGGAAGAGAGGUUCGUGUUCCUUUAAACAAUCCUCGCCGCUGCAGAGAGAGAGCCGUGGCGGCGGCGAUCCUCAAAUUCACGGCAGCGGUGGCGGAGGAGGGUUAGGAGUAGGAGGAGUAGGAGAAGGUGCUACUCCGCGUUGCAGUCCUUCCGCCGUGAAUUUCACGGAACGGCAGUAUCUUAAUAUUUUGCAGUCAAUGGGACAGUCUGUUCAUGUAUUGGAUCUUAACUGUCGCAUAAGAUACUGGAACCGUAGUGCGGAAAAUCUGUAUGGUUAUACAGCAGAGGAAGCUCUAGGGCGGGAUGGAAUUGAGCUGCUUGUAGACCCUAGGGAUUUGGGCUUGGCCAAUGAUACAGUGAACCGUGUGAUGAUGGGAGAGAACUGGACAGGGCAAUUUCCGGUCAAGAAUAAGAUGGGAGAGAAGUUCUUAGCUGUAGCGACUAAUACACCUUUCUAUGAUGAUGAUGGAAGCUUAGUUGGGAUAAUUUGUGUCUCAAGUGAUUCACGGCCCUUUCUUGAAAUGAAAGUUCCAAUGUCUGGUGUAAGGAACACUGAGUCAGAUUUGGACUCGGGUGGAACUCGAUCUAAAAGUAGCAUUUCGAAUAAACUUGGCAUUGACACUCAACAGCCACUUCAAGUUGCUCUUGCUUCGAAAAUUUCAAAUUUGGCAUCAAAGGUGAGUAACAAAGUAAAGUCAAGGAUCUGGACGGGAGAAAAUAAUGUGGAUCGUGAAGGUGGGAGCGGUGAAAGUCAUCAUUCUGAGCAUAGUUUGUCGGAAUCAGUUCUUUCGGACCAGAGAGAGGAUGCUAAUUCCAGUGGAGCUAGCACCCCCAGAGGUGAUGUGCCACCAUCCCAUUUUGGUGUGUUUACUCAUGGUGAAGAAAAAACCCAGGGAAAAUCUUCGAAAGAGUCUGGUAAUGAGAAUGAAGUAAAAUCAAUUCACAAAAUCAUACCUGCUAAGGCUGAAGCCUGGAUUCAAAGGAAAACAUUAUCAUGGCCAUGGAGAACAAGGGAUCGAGAAGGUCCAGAAGUAUCAGAGGAAAGGAAUGUUCGUGUCAGUGGGCCCUGGAGACAGAAUGAUCAAGAAAAUGAAUCAGUUAAUCUGAAGAUUCUUUCUUCUGGCUUGAAGCAAGAAAGCACGGGUGGGGAAAGUAAUCGCCCUAAUAAUAAUGAAGCUUCAGGAUCCUGGUCCUCCUUUAAUGUUAACAGCACAAGUAGUGCCAGCAGCUGUGGGAGUGCUGGCAGUUGUGCUGUCAAUAAUAAAGUGGAUGUGGACACUGAUUGCUUGGAUUAUGAAAUUUUGUGGGAGGACCUGACAAUUGGAGAACAAAUUGGGCAAGGUUCUUGUGGAACUGUAUAUCAUGCUCUGUGGUAUGGAUCAGAUGUUGCCGUCAAAGUUUUCUCGAAGCAAGAAUAUUCAGAUGAUGUGAUACUGUCCUUCAGACAAGAGGUGUCUGUCAUGAAAAGGCUGCGACAUCCAAAUAUUCUUCUCUUUAUGGGGGCGGUGACUUCACCUCAACGUCUCUGCAUCGUGACAGAGUUUCUCCCACGUGGAAGCUUGUGCCGCUUGUUACACAGAAACACAUCUAAACUUGACUGGAGACGGCGAGUUCAUAUGGCCUUGGAUAUUGCACGGGGCAUAAAUUAUCUUCAUCAUUCUAACCCACCUAUCAUCCACAGAGAUUUGAAAUCUUCAAAUCUUCUAGUUGAUAGGAACUGGACUGUGAAGGUUGGUGAUUUUGGUCUUUCACGAAUUAAGCAUGAAACAUAUCUCACAACCAAGACCGGAAGGGGCACGCCUCAAUGGAUGGCACCAGAAGUUCUUCGUAAUGAACCCUCCGAUGAGAAAUCUGACGUUUACAGCUUUGGAGUAAUAUUAUGGGAAAUUGCAACUGAAAAGAUACCUUGGGAUAAUCUCAACUCAAUGCAGGUGAUUGGAGCUGUAGGAUUCAUGAAUCAACGGCUUGAAAUUCCCAAAAAUGUCGAUCCACGGUGGGCAUCUAUAAUUGAGAGCUGCUGGCACAGCGACCCAGCAUGCCGGCCAACGUUCCCCGAACUGCUUGAAAGGCUUAGAGAGCUGCAAAAACACAUAGCCGAUUUGAGUCCAUCAUCAACAUUUGCCAAGUGGCAUCUUGAUGUUUCAUCAAUUGAUUGGUGGUUUUGGAUGUUUGGAGUCUUGUCAAUUGGAUCUAUUACCACCCGCAUUGUACUUUUUCUACGCAACUGUUUGCGCCACUAUUUCAAAGUUGUACAGAAGUUUAGGACAUCAGACAUCCUUUUAAGGAACCGUUCAGAAUUUGCUUGGCCUGUUUUCGAAUCCCAGAAUAAAUUUUCAAUUGCUGCUGCAUUCUAUUGGCCAUCCCUUUUUGUUAACAUUAACCGAACUGUUUAA